UACUCACUGGUGUUCUGUAUUGUUCUAAUAAAUGGCCUAUCGCAACUCAACGCUUUUCCAUCUUCUACAUUACCAAGAUUGUCCGAUUCAAGCCCGAUCAAGAUAAAAUUGUUAUCACAAGACACUAUCUCUAAGACAUUGACUAACAGAAUUCGUCGUAAAGUGCCAGCGUCCUCAUAUUUUCUCAGCAAAGACACUCCUAUAUCAGGAAUGGGCGGAUCUGGAGCUCCACUUUCGGCAGCUCUCCCACCGCCAUCACCUCCCCAGUCGUACUAUAGACCUGGCAGCCCUAGCAGCCAGAGCGAUACGUACCGUCCUGAUGGAUCUUUCUCUUACAGCUAUAACACCGAUAACGGAAUAUCUACAAAUGUGAAAGGAUACCAAAAAAACGUUGCUGGUAACCAAGGACAAGCAAUGGAGGGAACAUAUUAUUACACGUCACCAGAAGGAAGGCCCAUACUUACUCGCUGGUACGCGGACGAGACAGGGUUCCAUGCUCAGGGUGCUCAUUUGCCCUUAUUCACCCUGCGUAAUGGAUAAGGACUUAGUGGAUCUUGAAAUAUACUGGACUUAAUUGAAUAACUGUAAGAAUAAAAAAUAAAUCCAAAUUACACACACACACACACACAUAUAUAUAUAUAUAUAUAUAUAUAUAUAUAUAUAUAUAUAUAUAUAAUAUAUAUAUAUAUAUAUGAAUCUCUUAUAUUGUGCUUUAUUUAACUAAUUUCUUAGUUAAGAUUAUGCAGUUAACGUAGGAUUAUAACCAUAUUACUACCCUAAAUAUUUAAAAUUUAGCAAUUAUUCUUAGAAAAAUUAUACAUAUAUUUCGAGCUUCAAGUGUAUAUUAAAUAGUAUACAUUAUUUUUAAAUGUUAAUUAAAUAAUAUCAAACACUGUGUAUGUUAGAUUCAAACAAAGUUUGUAAUUAACCAAUGAUAUAUUAUGUAAUUUAGUCCAUCAGAAAUAUUAGAAUUGUUCUCAUAUUUAUAUUACAUUUUUGGUGAUAAGUAAAUAUGUACACGUUAAUACGAUACAUAUUUUAUGGAAUAAAUUGCAUUUGUGAAUUUGCUGUAAUGCUCUGUUAUGUUGA